UCCUCCUGGUUUAGUCGACACGUGUCCCGAAGCCUCGGCACAAAAAGCAGGUCGCUAGUUUUAGGUAAAUAUCUGAGUAUUUGAGUGUUUUCAGUGAAAAUAUCUUCAGUUCCGCCUCAGAGAGAGUUUAUCAACGAGCAGGUAACUCCUGCUGGAGAAACAUUCACAGAGUUUAAAGAAAUCAACGUCAAGAUGGAGGAAGAGAUGGAGGAUCAGCGCAGACUGAUGGAUUUUACCCGGAUACCGAGGAUCAUCUUACACCGGAUAGAUCUCCGUCAGUGCUGGGCGUGUAAAGACGACGGGGUUCUCAAUGAGCUCAGCAACCUGGAGGGCAACUCCACUUUAGAAGAGCAACCAGAACAUCAAGAGUUCAAAGAGGAAGAGAAGCAACUCUGCGUCAGUCAGGAUGAAGAGCAGCUUGUACUGAGACAGGAGACUGAUGACAAUUUGGUGAUUCCUUCUACUGCGCAAAGAAUCUGCAAUGAAACAGAACCACAGAGGAACCAACUCAUCUCUCAUGGCUCUUCUGAAGAUGAGAACCAGGAUCAGGAAAAAAGCAAUUGUGAAGACUCAGGAAAAAAGAGAGAUAAAAAACAGAAACGUCAGAGAUAUCAGAAAACCAAACAGCAAAAAGGUAAAACUGAGAGUUCAAAACAGAAAACACAGAAUAAAGCUCAUCCAGACCAAAAACAAUAUUCUUGUAAAAUCUGUGAUGAAGCCUUUUCUCAAAGCAGUUCCUUGACAACACACAUGAGAACUCACAUGGACAAGAAGCCUUUCACAUGUUCAACCUGUGGAAAAAGCUUCCAAAAGAAAUAUCAUUUGCUUCGUCACAUGAUGAUUCACACAGGAGAGAAGCCUUUUUCAUGUGUGACUUGUGGAAAAAGUUUCAUAACCAAACCUGAGGUAGUUAGUCACAUGAGGAUUCACACAGGUGAGAGGCCUUUUUCAUGUGUGAUCUGUGGAAAAAGCUUCCAAAACAAAUCUAAUUUGCUUCGUCACAUGAAGAUUCACACAGGAGAGAGGCCUUUCUCAUGCGAGACCUGUGGAAAAGGAUUCCGGUCCAAGCCUCAGUUACUUCAUCACAGGAGGAUUCACACAGAUGAGAGGCCUUUCUCAUGCGAGACCUGUGGAAAAGGAUUCCGGUCCAAGCCUCAGUUACUUCGUCACAGGAGGAUUCACACAGAUGAGAGGCCUUUCUCAUGCGAGACCUGUGGAAAAGGAUUCCGGUCCAAGCCUCAGUUACUUCGUCACAGGAGGAUUCACACAGAUGAGAGGCCUUUCUCAUGCGAGAACUGUGGAAAAGCAUUCCGGUCCAAGCCUCAGUUACUUUUUCACAUGAAGAUUCAUACAGGUGAGAGACCUUUCUCAUGUGGGACUUGUGGAAAACGUUUCUAUCGACAAUGCAGUCUAACUUGUCACAUGAGAAUUCAUACAGGUGAGAAGCCUUUCAAAUGUACAAGCUGUGGAAAAAGUUUCAGAAACAGAAGUGGUUUAUAUCCUCACAUGACAACGCAUACUAAUGAGAAGCCUUACUCUUGUGGGACUUGUGGAAAAAGGUUUCGUCACAAAGACACUUUAACUAGUCACAUGAGGACUCAUACAGGUGAAAGGCCUUUUUCAUGUGGGACCUGUGGAAAAAGUUACAAAAUCAGAAACAGUUUAAUUGGACACAUACAGACACAUACUAGCGAGAGGCUUUUCUCUUGUGGGACCUGUGGAAAAAGGUUCAGUCAAAAAAAGCAUUUAACUUCUCACAUGUGGACUCAUACAAGUGAGAAGCCAUUCUCUUGUGGGACCUGUGGAAAAGGUUUCCAUAAAAAAGGUUAUUUAAAUUAUCAUAUGAGGACUCAUACAGGUGAAAAGCCUUUCUCAUGUGGGACUUGUGGAAAACGUUUCUAUCGACAAUGCAGUCUAACUUGUCACAUGAGAAUUCAUACAGGUGAGAAGCCUUUCAAAUGUACAAGCUGUGGAAAAAGUUUCAGAAACAGAAGUGGUUUAUAUCCUCACAUGACAACGCAUACUAAUGAGAAGCCUUACUCUUGUGGGACUUGUGGAAAAAGGUUUCGUCACAAAGACACUUUAACUAGUCACAUGAGGACUCAUACAGGUGAAAGGCCUUUUUCAUGUGGGACCUGUGGAAAAAGUUACAAAAUCAGAAACAGUUUAAUUGGACACAUACAGACACAUACUAGCGAGAGGCUUUUCUCUUGUGGGACCUGUGGAAAAAGGUUCAGUCAAAAAAAGCAUUUAACUUCUCACAUGUGGACUCAUACAAGUGAGAAGCCAUUCUCUUGUGGGACCUGUGGAAAAGGUUUCCAUAAAAAAGGUUAUUUAAAUUAUCAUAUGAGGACUCAUACAGGUGAAAAGCCUUUCUCUUGUGGGACUUGUGGAAAAUGUUUCCAACUAAAAAACAUUUUAACUUCUCACAUGAGGAUUCAUACAGAUGAGAAGGCAUUUUUUUGUGGGUUUUGUGGAAAAAGUUUCCGUUGGCAAAGCAGUUUAACUGUUCACAUGAAGACUCACACAGAUCAGAAGCCUUUUGUAUGUGGGACUUGUGGAAAAAGUUUCCGUUGGCAAAGCAGUUUAACUGUUCACAUGAAGACUCACACAGAUCAGAAGCCUUUCUUAUGUGAGACUUGUGGAAAAAGUUUUUGUUGCCAAAGCAGUUUAACUCGUCACAUCAUGCUUCACACAGGUCAGAAGCCUUUUGUAUGUGGGACUUGUGGAAAAAGUUUCCGUUGGCAAAGCAGUUUAACUGGUCACAUGAAGACUCAUACAGGAGGAUCAGAAUAAUCUGACCCUCGAGUACCAAAACACACUAACUCACAGCUUGGAAGCAGAGUAAUUACAGCUGGGUAACAUUUCUAUAAUGUAGCAGCUUGGAGAAGAAAACCAGUUGAAAUAGGACGUUUAACAAACAAAACUUUCACUCUAUUCUGUCGGUUUUGUUUUUUUUAUUUAAAAUUGUUUUUAAGUAAGAUAUUUAGAGCUUACAAAGUUAUGCAUGAAUUUUUAAUGGCUUUUUUUUUUGUCCAGUGAGAUAUUAGUAGUCUGUUUAUCUCUUGAAGUAACAAUGGAUUUGAAUGUUUUCAGAUUUAGACUUGUAAAGCUGUUGUGUACAUUGUACUUUGUUUUAUUUCAUUCAUUUUGGUCAGAGGAUGCAUGUUAGCUGUUACUAUAUGAACUGUUGGUGUAGGUAUAUUUAGAUUAAAAUGUAUUCUAAAUUUGAAUCUAAAUAUAUAUUAGUUUUUCCAUUACUUUCUCUUAAGGUUUUUGAUUCAGGGAGAAAAUACUGUUGAUCAUAUGAUGGCAACAAUGCAGACAUUUCUACGUUUUGCUAACAUAGUUAGCGUAACAUAGGUUUCAUCAUAAUAGAGUUAUGGUGAAACCUGAGAUGUUUUCCCUUUUUUGUUAAAACAUCUACAUUGACUUUAUUCUUGCUAAGUUUACUGCAAACUGAAGUAUUUUUUUCAUUCAUUUGACUUUUAUUUUAUCUGUAACACACUAUUUGUUUGAGAAGGUUUUUAUUAUUUAGGAUGUUAGAAAAUGUAUUGUUGAUAUAGAUUCAUUUUCAGAUAGAAAUGUGACUAUCAAAAACUGUUUCUAUAUCAUUCUUGUAUAAUAAAUUUUUUUGGAU